CUGCGCGUAGCUGUCACACACGAACGAACUGUCAGUGGCUUCGGCUUCUUUAUACGUGUCGCGCUACGUACUUUCACAUUCGCUUUGUUAUUUUCAAUCUGAACGCAGUGCAUCCUGUGCUACUACGCAACAAACACAUAAAAUGGCUCCACCACAGAGAAUGCGCGUUGCUAACGAAAAGGCCAGCAAAUAUGUGACAAUGCGUGGCAAUGUACCCAAAUCGCAGAAAACGAAAGAAGGACAAUACCCCGUGGGUCCCUGGCUCUUGGCGCUGUUCAUCUUUGUUGUUUGCGGAUCAGCGAUUUUCCAAAUCAUUCAGUCGAUUCGGGCUGCGUAAAGUGGAGCAGCUAAGGCAUCAACAAGUUUACAGAUAUAUUCAUAAGCUCAGCACACACACUCAACCGCAGGUCUGACUUCCUUUCCCCCCCCUACACCUCUCGUAACUGAACUUUCCCGGCAAUAUGUGCAACGUCUGCAGAGAUUGACAUGAACUCCACGACAACUUGGCUUUCCAGUUCAUUGAUUUGUAUGCAAUAUGUAUUUCUAUACACAUACAAAAUUUAAGUCCAUAUUUGUAUUUUUUAUUAAUAAUUAAGCUUUAAAACCGAACAUUAUGUGCGCCUAUAUUGUAAAAGCAUUCCUGCGAACCGCUCUGCGCACUAACAACUUACUUGAUUGCUGAUUGUGCAAGGAAGGGGUAGGCACAAAUUUAUAAAUAGUUGCAUUUUUAGAUGCUUUUGCAGCAAUUUGAAACAUGCAAGUGUUUAAGCGUUGUUUUCGGAUAUGAUGACAAUUAGAAAAAAAAA